AUUUGUGAACUUCGCGUCGCGUUUGAGGACGUCAUGCGCGUGUGUUUGAGCCCAGCUCGAGUCCUAUAAUGAAAACCCGCUUUCACAGACUCAGCCACAGAAAGCAGUGGCGCUUUCUGUCUCUCUGCUGAUGCCCAAACCCAAGCAGAGCCCCAAAAACUGUUUCUCCAGGAAUAUACACUAGUCUGAAUGAGCUCAACGAUGGCGACGCGACUCUCUGACUUGUUCGGAAACAGCCGGAUUAUUGCAGGACUGCUGGUCAAUUUACUGUCUUCAGUAUGCAUAGUGUUCAUCAACAAAUGGAUUUAUGUGCACUACGGCUUCCCUAACAUGACUCUGACUCUCAUUCAUUUCGUAAUGACAUGGCUGGGGUUGUUUAUUUGCCAGAAGAUGGAUAUAUUUGCCCCCAAGAGUCUCAGACCGUCUAAAAUCCUCCUGCUGGCUCUGAGUUUUUGUGGUUUUGUUGUUUUCACUAAUCUAUCUCUCCAAAGCAACACUAUAGGAACAUAUCAGCUGGCCAAGGUCAUGACAACACCUGUGAUUAUAGCCAUCCAGACCAUGUACUACAGAAAGACCUUUUCCACAAAGAUUAAACUGACUCUAGUGCCCAUCACUUUAGGGGUCAUACUAAACUCGUACUAUGAUGUGCGGUUCAAUCUUAUGGGGAUGAUAUUUGCCACAUUGGGUGUCUUGGUAACCUCAUUGUAUCAAGUGUGGGUCGGCGCCAAGCAGCAUGAGCUUCAGGUGAACUCAAUGCAGUUACUGUAUUAUCAAGCACCCAUGUCUUCUGCAUUUCUCCUGGUGCUCGUGCCAUUCUUUGAACCCCUCACUGGAGACGGUGGUAUAUUUGGCCCUUGGUCAUUUCUGGCCCUGUUCAUGGUUCUGCUCUCUGGUGUUAUUGCCUUUCUGGUCAAUUUGUCCAUUUACUGGAUCAUCGGGAACACGUCUCCUGUUACCUACAACAUGUUUGGCCAUUUCAAGUUCUGCAUUACAUUACUGGGAGGGUAUGUUCUCUUCCAGGACCCCCUGUCUUUAAAUCAGGGUCUGGGCAUUCUCUGCACCCUCACUGGUAUCCUGGCAUACACUCACUUCAAGCUGGCAGAACAGGAGGAGGGCAAAAGCAGACUCACGCAGAGGCCGUAAAUCCACUGAUGUGUCAAUCAAUGACAACACAGAGUUCAGUGCCUGAUGACGUGUUCAGGAGAAGAUACCGUGAAGAUUAACCAAACAUGCACUACUGGUAAUCAGAAGUUUGGGAUUUUCUGCUUUUGUUUUUAAAAGAAGCUUAUUCUGCUCAAUAAGGCUGCAUUUAUUUGAUUUAAAAUACAGUUAAUGCUGUAAAAUUGUGAAAUAU